AAAAUGCUGGGACAGAAGAGAUGAGUACUUCCUUUACUAAGGCCUAAAACUGCCUGUUGAAAAACAAUCCUGACCAGGCAAUAUACGAAUGGCCCAAGGAAGCCAGCAAAUUGAUGUUCAGGUUUUACAUGACCUGCGACAGAAGUUUCCUGAGGUACCUGAAGGUGUUGUAUCCAGAUGCAUGUUACAGAAUAACAAUAAUUUGGAUGCCUGUUGUGCAGUUCUCUCUCAGGAGAGCACAAAGUAUCUCUACGGUGAAGGAGACCUAGGUUUUUCAGAUGAUUCUGGGAUUCCUGGACUACGAAAUCACAUGACAUCUCUUAAUUUGGAUUUGCAGUCACAGAACGUCCAUCACCAUGGAAGAGAAGGAAUUAGAAUGAAUGGAAGUAGGACUCUAGCUCACAGCGUGAGUGAUGGACACCUUCAAACCAGUCAUCCAACAGAGGUUCCACAAGGAUUUAAUGUCUUUGGGAUGGCUAAUACAGUUAGUACGUCUAAUCCAGGACAGCAUCUUGGAUUUCACCUAGGCAGCAAAGGAGUAUCUAACUUGUCUCAACAAACACCCAGAUUCAACCCCAUUAUGGUAACUUUGGCCCCAAAUAUUCAGCCUGGUCGCAAUACCCCAACGUCUUUGCACAUACAUGGUGUACCUCCUCCUGUACUUAACAGUCCACAGGGAAAUUCUAUCUAUAUUAGGCCUUACAUCACAGCUCCGAGUGGUACCACUCGACAGACACAUCAGCAGCCAGGCUGGGCAUCUCAGUUUAAUCCUGUGCACCCUCAGCAAGCCUACCAGCCUUCGCAGCCAAGUCCCUGGACUACUCUUCCUACAUCCAGUACUACGCCACAUACCUCAUCACAACACUCAACGCAGCCAAAUCAGCAAGGCCACCAGACUUCUCAUGUCUAUAUGCCUAUCAGUUCUCCUACUACUCCACAAGCACCUAUGAUUCAUUCAUCUGGUAGCUCACAAUCCUCUGCUCAUAGCCAAUACAACAUUCAGAAUAUAUCCACAGGACCUCGCAAAAACCAAAUUGAAAUCAAACUUGAACCACCACAAAGAAACAGUUCUUCUAAGUUGCGUUCAACUGGCCCUCGCACUUCCACUACUCCUUCCCUCAACAGCCAGACAUUAAGUAGAAGUCAACCCACUGUUUACAUAUCGGCCAGUCCUCCAAAUACUGAUGAAGUGGUCACACGCAGUCAGCCCAAGGUCUACAUUUCAGCAAAUGCCACAACAGGAGAUGAUCAAGUUGUGCGGAACCAGCCCACGCUUUUCAUAUCGACAAAUCCUGGAGUAUCUACCACUUCUAGGAAUAUGUCUGGUCAAGUAAGCAUGGGUCCUGCAUUUAUUCAUCACCAUCCACCCAAGAGUCGAGCAGUGGGCAACAGCACCACUGCAACCUCUCCUCGAGUGGUGGUUACGCAGCCUAACACAAAAUAUACUUUUAAAAUUACAGUUUCUCCAAAUAAGCCCCCUGCAGUUUCCCCAGGGGUAGUGUCCCCAACCUUUGAACCUACAAACCUUCUAAACCUUCCUGAUCACUAUGUUGAACCAGAGGGUAUCCAGCAUCUUACUGACCCUGUUUUAGCACAUGUGGAUAGGAUCAGUGAUGCACGGAAAUUGAGUAUGGGAUCUGAUGAUGCUGCCUACACGCAAGCUUUACUGGUGCACCAGAAGGCCAGGAUGGAGCGACUUCAACGAGAACUUGAGGUUCAAAAGAAAAAGUUGGAUAAACUAAAAUCAGAGGUCAAUGAAAUGGAGAAUAAUCUAACACGAAGGCGCCUGAAAAGAUCAAAUUCUGUUUCCCAAAUUCCAUCACUGGAAGAAAUGCAACAGUUAAGAAGUUGUAACAGACAGCUGCAGAUAGACAUAGAUUGCCUAACCAAAGAGAUUGAUCUUUUUCAAGCAAGAGGACCACAUUUUAAUCCCAGUGCUAUUCAUAAUUUCUACGAUAAUAUUGGAUUUCUUGGUCCGGUGCCACCAAAACCCAAAGAUCAGAGGUCCAUUGUGAAAACACCAAAGACUGUUCCAGACACAGAUGAAGAUGAGGGAGCUCAGUGGAGUUGUACUGCCUGUACUUUUUUAAAUCACCCGGCCUUAAAUCGCUGUGAACAGUGUGAAAUGCCCAGGCAUUUCUGAGCCAACAGGCCCAUUACCUUCUGUAAAAGCAUAGCAAACGUACAAGGAACUACCCAGUCAUUGAGGGGCAAAAAAAAGAAUUAAUGCACAGGAUUUUGUAAAAUUGAAGGUGUGACGAGAUGUUAAAUGUCAGCCCACAGAGCUAGUAAUACCUCAGUGUUGUGUCACAGGCAGUUGAAAUUGAUCGGCUGAAAGGUAAUCUGCUGAAAGACUCGCCAGCUGCCUAAACCGUGUACAGUAUUACCAGUAUCCCAGUAACACACACCAUGUUCAGUGCUUGGGUAUUGCCCAUCCUCUGCUCUGCCCCGAUGUCACUACUGAGUUUUGACAGGGGGAAGGAAUAGAGUACUAGCGUUUCUGUUUUUGGAGCUUUCAGUGAAACACUACAUGCACAGAGGAGAUCUAAAAGGAACAAGGUUUAACUGUUUAAACUGUUUGCUGCCACAUAGUGCCUUCGAUAAAGGGAAGAACUUCCCAGUUCAGUGGUACUCUUUGCCUUGUCUUCCCUGACAACAUCUCUGUGAAGCCAGAAAUCAGCACAGUCACAUCUAAAGAUGAAAAGGAAAAACUGCAUGCGUUGUCUGUACAGUACACACAGUGAAAUACCCCAAAGCUUUUCCUACUGUACAUAGCUCUAGAGCCUGCUUUAAGUGAUUUCUUUUCUUCACCUUUAUUAUUUUCUUGUACUUCUGUAUGUAUAGCGUAAUAGUCUUUUUGUUAACUUUCUUUUUUUUCCCUUUAAGUGAUUAAGCACGAUCAUGUCCCUUUUUUUAAGCUUUUAUCUGAGAGAAGCAAUGCCUUAAAAUAAGAGCAUUAAUAAGAAACUAUGCACAAAACAGCUUUCCUCUGCUCAUUCUGUACAUUGCUCUUGUAAAUGCUGAUGAUCUGUGAAGACCUGCAGAUGCAGCGUGGUAAAAAUGCAGGAAAAGUUGGAAGAGUUAUACAUAUAGUUCACUCGUACACUGAGUUUUACGGUGGGUGACACAAGGUAGCGUUUUGUCUGGCACGAGGAAACUUAAAGAAACUUUCAACCCACCAACAGAUCAGCAUCCGAUUCAAGCUCGCUUCAUCUGCUGGGUGUCUUGCAGACUCCUGAAGAGAGAUUCAUUGGGGAAGUACAUACAGUGCCAGAAUCAACAGCAGCAGCAUCGUACAGCUUUGUUCAAGGACUUUAAAUGCUUUCCUGUUUUGGCAGCCAGUUUCUAAACCUGACUUUGUGGUGAAGUCUCAUAUUUAUAGAAAACAAGGAUAGCAAUAUUUAGGACAACUGAAAUAAAGGCUGGAAAAGAGAAAUCAAACAGACUUGAACACUGAAGCAACCUCAAGCAUCUCUUUAUUUUGAUGAUCUAUUUUUUUAAGGAAGAUAUUCACAUGAUCGGGGAUGUGCGUAACCGAGAUCAAGAAAAUGGAAUUCCAGUACAGUAUGCAUGAAAGACGGCACGCAAAGAAUUAUGUAGCAGCACUUAGCGUGAGGCUGGAGGGAGUGCUAACAAUGUAGCAAGAGACAAAGUAGACUGUCACCCACUGUAAACAUUUGCCAGUGGACACUUUUAUUAGGAGUUUUACAAGUGAUCUAUGUGAAUGCACAGAGGCCUUUCUUUUGAAGGCUUUGCAUUUUUUUUUAUGUGGGAAGAAAAUGCCAAUCCCAGGUAAUUCGGCAGUAGACCCAAAGCACUUGCAUUCAAUGCGUUUUGUUUAUAAAAUGAGGCCUUGUUUUUCAGCUUCAUCUGCAGUUCUAUGUGAAGAUUGACAAAUCAGUUUUUACCUGUUUAUUAAUAAAACCUAAUUUGGAUAUCUUGAGUUGAUGGUUUUGUGAUUUAGCUGGGUAAACUGUCUUUGUAACAGAUAAGUUAUUUAUAAAAAUUAAAAAAAAAUAUAUUCUAA